CUUGUACUUGCUUAUGAAAAAUCGGAUGCUUCAUCCGGCAUAAGCACCUGGAUUUGUGCCAUGUCGUGUCUUCCACCCGACAUCGAUUUGGAGCAAAGAGAGAAGGAGAUCCUUGCAAGAGCUGCUGAGAUUGACAGGAAGCGUGCGCAAGCUCUCUCCCAGGCCAAUUCUGCGAUUCAAGAAGCUGAGUCCGCCUCGCUUCAGCUGCGGAGGAGGGAGGUUGAAAACACAUUGCCGUUUGGGCAAGAGGAUGAGGUCUCAUCAGUGACAGCGCCACGUCAAGCAAUGCCGACGAAUUUGGCGAGUGGAGGAGACUCUGAGGCGCUACAUACAACCAUCCGCCUGCAGAAUGCCCGCAUGGUGCAGAUGCAAGAGGAGGUUGACCGCGCUUGCACUGAAGCAGCACAGAAAGACAAGGAGGUACAGCAACUGCGACAAGAUCUAAAGCAGGUCUUGGAAAGAGAGAAGCACUUGCAGAAGACGAAUGCUUCACUCGAGCAGACCCAGGAGAAGAUCAAGCAACAACUCGCUUCAACGACGUCAAAGCUUCAGGAUCUCGACCUAGAGCGGGCUGAUCUCCAGAAGGUGAAGGACCAAUUGGAAUUGAAAGUCAGAAAGGUCGAGGCCGAAAACAGCAGCAAGGAGGCUCGAGUGAACCGCUUGACAGAGGAAUGUGAGAAGCUGAAGGCAGCUGCCAAAGAUGCAAAUAUGCAGGAACGUGAUCGAGUUUGUUCCGACCGACGGGAGGUAGAUCGUUUGACCAAUGAGGUAAGAAAAUUGGAACGACAACGAACAGAGCUCGUCGGGGCCUUUAAGAAGCAAAUGAAGCUGAUUGAGGUGCUGAAGAGGCAACGUGCCCACAUGGAAGCAGCGCGGGUUUUGUCCUUCACAGAGGACGAGUUCAUCCGUAUUCUCGAGCUGGGGGACAAGCUUGGUGAACGCUGAAGAAGCUGUUGGUGGCUGAAAAAUCAGCUUGUAGCAGUAGGAAGCAGGCUGAAGGCGCAGCUUUAGCGGAAAGGUAUGAAUGAAAGUUCUUCUUUAGUGACAAUUGUCGAUGAAAAGACAGAGAUAGACAGAGCAUAAGUUUGCAUCCAGCUUGGAUCUGGUGAAUUCAAGAUGCCUCACUGAUGAUCACAGAAAGCUCUGUGACAUCAGAGUAGAUAAUUCAAAAAGCAUGCCUUCAAAAAGGAGAUAAUCAUGGUACCUUUUGCCAAGUUGCACGAAUCAUCACAUGAGGAAGAGUGGACAGUGACUGACUUCAUGAGCUUGCUCCUGUAUUCGCCAACGAGACUUGUUUGUUGCAGAUGUCAGACAAGAGACGC